GCAGCGAUGCUAUUGUGGUUCGAUGAGUUCGGCGGCAGUGCAGCAUCAACAGAAUUGUUUUCCCUUGCAACAGCAGCAGCUUCUUCGGGAUACGCAUCCACGUGGCGAUCUUAUGUCUGUCGCAUCAUCGUCGCGACAAAGUCUUCGACCCACCCAGUUUGUGAAACGACCGAGCCUCAAAAGUGCACCCACAUAUGGUUUAGGCCACUCCAACACUGGACUGGGCAAUGACUUCAGUCGACGGAAUUCGGUGGCCACCACGGUGAGUCACUGUUCCAGCUGUAGUUGCAGCUCCACCCAGCAACGCCAACAGAGCAGGGCCAAAGUAUUGCGAUGGGGCUGGGAAAAAACAGGAGGUGUUGACACCAGCAACAAAAGCUUCAUUACCGGCAGUACCAACAACAUCUACGAAAAGUACACGGAGAAUCGGCGUAUCUACGAGCAGAGCGCAUGCGUCGCCAGUCGUCAGAUGAGCCAAGGUCAGGGUCAGGUUCAUAGUUCCAGCUCAUCGUCAUCACCACGCCCAGGGCCCAGCCCAAUGAAUAAACAUUCUACAGACGAGCUCCAACAGCUUCAAGCCCUACAGCAGUUCCGCCUCUCGAACGUAAGAGAUUGCUUCAGUGAUGGCCGCCUGGAUGAGCUGCGUCUGCAGCAGGCCUAUGAUAAAUUGACUGGCCACAAAAUGGACAAGUGGAACAAGAACAGGGCGAACGAGACCCGGCAACAGGAAAUGAAUGCUACAACCACGCCCUAUGCCUUACGUCAGAGGUUGCUGCAACUGAGAUUGCAGGAGGAGCAGAAAAGUGGCAGGGGAACUGGGGCUGUAUGUGCCCCUCUGGAGAAAAGUUGUGCCUUGAGAUACAAUUGAAAAGAGACUUCCAAC